AUGAGUUUUUGGGGAGGUCGGACCUGCCAGUCCGAAGCUGAAGCGGAAUUGGUUAAUGAGGAAGUAGGUGAAGAGCUUGCCAGCUACUGGCCUGGCCAGUUAUUUAAUUCUCUAGGAAAUGGAGCUACGAUAGUUCAGUGGGGAGGUGAAAGCGUUAACAAGGAGACCGAUGGGAAACACACGGGCACGGACAUGGGAAGUGGGCAUUUUGCAGAUGAAGGUUAUAAGAAAGCGAGCUAUUUCAGGAAUCUUAUGACAAUUGAUGAAACCAAUACUCUGAGAGAACCACAAGGAGUUUACCCCACAACUGGUCAUGAUAACUGUUACAACAUUAAAGCAGGAGAUGGUGGAACUUCCUGGGGGGUUAAUUUCUUCUAUGGUGGUCCUGGCCAGCACGAGAGAUGCCCUUGA